UCGGAUAUGCAUUCGUUGUUUGAGUGACAGCAGAGAGGAAGAACAACAAUUGGGGUCGGGGAGCUGCCCGCCGGCCGGCGGACUAGUUUGGCUCUCUUGGCUCUCUUCUUCUUCGGGGUGUCUUGAAAACGUCUGGGAAUGCUCGCAGGAACCGUCAGACGAGCACCCAAGAGUGCAGACUGAGGGAAACCAGUUCAGGGUGUACCCCGACUCCUGGCCGAUAAUAGCUGGGAUAGGCUCCAGCACGCCCGCGACACGAGUGAGAAAAAGCAGCUCAGAAAAUGGAUGGAUGGAUGGAUGUUCUAAAGGGUUACACUCCCUGUUUGUGUGACGGAGGCCACUCUGUCUCCCCCCAGAGGACUGCAGUGUUCCAAAUGUGCAGCUCUGCUCCCUCAUGACAUAAUUGGAGGAAAAGUAUUCCCGCUUCAGCCUUCCAAGCUCUGGAGAGCAGCUGGUGGCCUCUUGAGCGGUGCAGGACAACGGCACAGGCUGCAGCAAGAACACAAGCAGGCUGAAGAGAAGAGCAAGCAACCUGCAGGAUCCAAAUUACUAGAGAGUUGACGUGAGCACGGCAGCACUGCCCACGCAGGUGCCCCCCACGACCACAACAAUUCUCCCUAUGGACCUGCGGAUGGUUGACCACCACCACCAACAGAACCCCUAUGGAUUACUCCCCCAGCCACACCCGGCACCGCCCACUUCCACUGCUUGCCCCACAUCUAAUGAGCCAGGCAAUGGGCCAGUCAUUAGCCACCAAGAGCAACAGCUGCAGCAGGAGCUGGUGGCUCUCAAACACAAGCAGCAGCUCCAGAGACAGUUACUUAUUGCUGAGUUUCAGAGGCAGCAUGAGCAGCUGUCCAGGCAGCAUGAAGCCCAGCUACAUGAUCAUAUCCAGCACCAACAGGAUUUAAUGACGUUGAAACAUCAGCAGGAGCUGUUGGAGCAUCAGAGGAAGGUGGAGCAGCAGCGCAAUGAGCAGCAGUUGGAGAAGCAGCACCGGGAACAUAAGAUACUGCAGCUCAAAAACAAGGAGCGGGGCCAAGAAAGUGCGGUGGCCAGCACAGAGGUAAAGAUGAGACUUCAAGAGUUUGUCCUGAACAAGAAGAAAGCCUUGGCUCAGCGAAACUUAAACCACUGUCUGCCCAGUGAUCCACGCUACUGGUAUGGGAAAACCCAACACAGUUCACUGGAUCAAAGCUCUCCUCCCCAAGCGGUAAUGUCACCUUACCCUCAUGCAGUGCUGGGCACAUACGACUCGAAAGAUGACUUUCCAUUACGCAAAACAGCCUCUGAACCCAACCUGAAGCUUCGCUCCCGACUAAAGCAGAAGGUGACGGAGCGCCGAAGCAGCCCCCUCCUUCGCAGGAAAGACGGCCCUUUCCCCACAGCAAAGAAACGCUCCUUGGAUAUUGCCGACUCUGCAUGCAGCAGUGCCCCAGGCUCUGGUCCCAGCUCCCCCAACAACAGCUCCAGUAAUAUCCCUCAUGAGAAUGGCGUUCCCAUCUCCAGCAGCCCAGGAGAGACGUCCCUGCUUCAGCGGCUGGUUUCAAGGGAUGGUUCCGUCCCCCAUCUUUCACUUUACACCUCCCCUUCUCUGCCCAACAUUACCCUGGGGCUGCCAGCUACAUGUCCUGGAGGCAAUACAAUAUCAGGACAUCAAGAUGCCGAGAGCCGCCUGGCGUUGCCUGCUGCCUUGCAGAAGAACAUUCCUCUGACUCCCCCUUUCCUGCCCGCUGCUCACUUGCCUGCCUACUUGGCAUCUUCAGGUCUGGACAGAGAGGGGGUGGGAAGCGGCGCAGCUGGCCAUGCCCCCCUUCUCCAACACAUGGUGCUGUUGGAGCAGAGCCACAGUCCAAUGGUUGGCUUAAGCGGCCUUCCGCUCCCGUCGCCUUCUAUCUCCAAGUUGGCCCGCGGCCACCACCCUUUGGGUCGUACCCAGUCGGCCCCCCUGCCCCAGCAGCAGUGCGGUCAAGCUCAGGCCCUGCAGCAGCUGGUGGUCCAGCAGCAGCACCAGCAGUUUCUGGAAAAGCACAAGCAACAGUUUCAACAUCAGCAACACAUCAUCAACAAGAUCAUGUCGAAACCCGGUGACCAGUGCUCAGCUGCCAGCUCCGUGCCAUCUGUGUCAUCAAGGCAGCACCAGAGUCACCCGGAGGAGACGGAAGAGGAGCUCAGGGAGCAUCAGGGUCUCUCGUCCUCCUCCUCCUCAUCAUCAUCACCGUCCUCUUCCUCCGUGGUCAUCAAGCAGGAGCCCCUUGACCCUCAGGAGCAGGAGGAGAGGCAGGCUGAGCAGGAGCUCUUGUUCCGACAGCAGCAGACCCUGCUGUUGGAGCAACAACGUAUCCACCAGUUGAGGAGCUAUCGGGCGUCGAUGGAGGCGGCCAGCUUGUCGGUCAGCUUGGCGGGGCACCGCCCGCUUUCCAGGGCCCAGUCCUCUCCGGCCUCCUCCUCCUUCCCCAUGAUGGUGCCGGAGCCGGCGGUCAAGCCACGUUUCACUACAGGUCUGGUGUAUGACUCAUUGAUGCAAAAGCACCAGUGUAUGUGUGGCAACACAAACAGCCAUCCGGAACAUGCGGGUCGUAUCCAGAGCAUUUGGUCUCGUCUACAGGAAACAGGCCUCAGGGGACACUGCGAGUGUAUUCGGGGAAGGAAAGCCACACUGGAGGAACUCCAGACAGUCCACUCUGAAUCCCACGUUCUACUGUAUGGAACCAACCCACUGCGGCAGAAGUUGGACUGUUCCAUCAGUCCCAUGUUUGUGAGAUUACCGUGCGGAGGCGUUGGGGUGGACAGCGACACCAUUUGGAAUGAGGUCCAUUCCUCCAGCGCAGCUCGACUGGCUGUUGGCUCGGUGGUGGAGCUCGUCUUCAAAGUAGCAUCGGGAGAACUGAAGAACGGUUUUGCGGUUGUACGACCACCUGGCCACCACGCGGAGGAGAGCACUCCUAUGGGAUUCUGUUAUUUCAACUCAGUGGCCAUAGCAGCCAAGCUCCUGCAGCAGAGGCUCAAUGUCAGCAAGAUCCUAAUUGUGGACUGGGAUGUUCACCAUGGCAAUGGGACCCAACAGGCCUUCUACACUGACCCCAGUGUUCUUUACCUGUCGUUGCAUCGCUACGAUGACGGCAACUUUUUCCCUGGAAGCGGAGCUCCCGAUGAGGUUGGCAGCGGCCCUGGUACUGGCUUCAAUGUGAAUAUGGCCUUCACUGGAGGACUUGAACCUCCCAUGGGUGAUGCAGAGUACUUGGCAGCAUUCCGGACGGUGGUGAUGCCAAUAGCAAAUGAGUUUGCGCCUGACGUAGUUCUGGUAUCUUCUGGUUUUGACCCAGUAGAUGGACAUGCUCCACCUCUUGGAGGAUACACACUGACUGGCAAAUGUUUCGGCUACCUGACCAGGCAGCUGAUGGGUCUGGCAGGCGGUCGACUGGUACUCGCCCUGGAGGGAGGCCAUGACCUCAAAGCCAUAUGUGACGCGUCUGAAGCCUGCGUCUCCGCUCUGCUCGGCAACGAGUUGGAGCCCAUUCCAGAUGAGGUGUUGCAUCAGAGACCAAACGCCAAUGCUGUUCACUCGAUGGAAAAUGUUCUUGAAGCUCACAGUAAAUACUGGCGCUCACUACAACGCUCUGCCUCCACGCUCGGUCGGUCUUUGAGCGAAGCCCUAAGACGAGAUGCGGACGAGGCCGAAACUGUCUCUGCUAUGGCCUCUUUGUCCGUCGCCAACAAGCACAUUGCAAAGAAGGCUCAAGACGAACCAAUGGAAGAGGACGCCCCCAUGUAAAGAGGCCUGGUUGCCUUUCGCGCACUGAGACUUUGUGCGCUGAGCCCCCCACGCGUCCUGAUGGUUCUCAAUACCACUCUGCGACUCUGCUCGUGUCAUAUCGAGAUGCCGUCUUAUCGUGGUGAGGAUGAAGUGGACAGGACACGCAGAGACUGAUCAGCAUACGUAAAAAGUAUGAUCAUGUAAAUCUACCUAGAUGUAUACAAAUCAACGUAAGGGUCAACUAGUUAACCGGGAUAAACCAGUGGAACAGACGACCAUUCCGCAACCUUUAGUGCCAGUACUUCUCAAACACUAGACACGUGUUCUUGUGUACUUUUUAAAAUUCCAGUCAAAAAUACAUACAGUAUGGACAAUCUGCAUCCUGCUUUUUAUAAACAAUUUUUUUCUGUGUGUGUGCACAUUUUCAUCAAAACGCACCAGAGGAUAUUAAGAAUGUGAUUCUGCACUAAGGGUGGAACAUUCCAUUUUUUGGGUUCAUUAUCUGAAAGAAUGGAACAAAGAGAUCAAUUUGGUCACAUUUUUCCAAUGUGUAAUAUGAUCCGCCGGUGUUCUCAUUCCAAAAUGACUGAUAGUGGAAGAAGGAAAAAAAACUGUUUUUGUGCCUUUUUUUGUUAUUGCUUUAAGUAAUAUGGAUAUUUUUGGCUACUUGGUUAAAGAGCUAUGCCUUAAAAACAAGCUCAAUAAAAGAGGAUCUCUUCAUCCCAAUUCUACAAGACUUGCCGAGCGGUCCAGUUUGUGCAUGUUAGUGGCACAAACUUGCCUUGUUUACCUUUUUUGCCCUGCUGCAAGGCUUAGCUCUCCUUUUAUUUCCACCCUUCUUUUUUCCUGCUCUCAUCUUGAAGGUGAGAUCUAACCCUCCACUGGAGUUGGUGGGAGGUAGUUCAAAGUAGCAUGCACUGUGAAAGAGCAGUUUCUCUAUGCUGUGUUCCAAAUUAUUACUGAUUUAAGUUAAAUAAACAUUUGAAAGGGAGAAAAAUUCAUCAUCCCCUGGCCAUAGCCCUAUUGACAACAUGUGUUGUAUCCUUCUAAAGAAGGUCUUGUCUAGUAUACUUCCAAAUAGCAACUCUUGGAGGCAAUACUUGCAUCCUCAAAUGAGAUACACGAGAAACUAAAUGUUUGUGUUUGUGUGUGUGUGGCUAAAUGCCUUUUUUUCCUCUAUGUAAUUAAAAAAAAAAUCAGAAUUUUUUUUUCUUAUUUUGUGCAUCAUGAUAUGGAACAGAAUUUUUUUUUUAUUUUGCACACACACAAAAAAGUAGCAGUUUUUGAUCAGUAAAAUCCAGAUUAUUAUACUGUAGAAGAUUUUUGAUUGCCCCAAAUAUAUUCACUGUAAAUCGCAUUGACUCUUAAGGAAAAUGGACAGAAACAGCAAACAGUUCAGUGGUUUAGAUCAUGGGAAGUUCUCUAUUUUUUUUUAAUGGGGGCCUGUGAAGCUCGUUGAGAGUCUUUUGUGAUUAAGGGCUUUACAAGAAAUAAACUUGACUUGUGUUCAAUUUAAAAAGUGGAACUCAUGUACAGAUUCGAUUAGCAUAUUGGAACCUAUCAUAAUGCCAAGUCCAGCUUAAUUUUUAUUUUGAAAAUCAACUUGUUUUUACGUAACAUUCUAAUUACUUGAUUUGUAGAUUUUCGGUUUUCAUUAAUGCAUCAAUGUUACAAAAAAUAACUUGAAGAAAUAUUUUGGUCUGUGCGUAGUGAAUAUAUGAGUUUCACUUGUUGAAUUGAACUACUGAACUAAAUAAAAAUUUAUGAAAAUGCACCUGUAUGCCUAAUAAUGUGGAACACAGUGUAAUUUGAAUAUUGUGAAUAUUCAAACAAAAUGACGUCCCAGUAAAUGUUUUAACAUCUGAGGUUGGAAAGAGUCAUUGGCCUUCUCUUUAUGACACCUUGGUUUCCACGAUAUACCACGUGGGAGGUUGCAAAGGGGCAGCUGCUUCAACAUCUGCUCGCCAAAUGUCAGGUGUUGCAGCAUGUGGCAGGUGUGUGUACAUCAGAUACAGACACCACUUUCUUUUUUUUUUUUUUUUUGCUCCAUAAUCGCCUUUUUUCCUUGUAUAGCCUCAAUGUAUGCCAUGUUUUUUCUCAGCCUGUCAGUGAAGAAAGUUUAGAAGGUGGUGCCUUGAGAUACGAGUCGAAUUUGUUUCGUGACCACACUCGUAACUCAAAACAAAACAUAAUGAAUGCACCAUUAACCCCCCACCCGAAAAAGGAACCAAGAAUGUUUGGAAUGUGUUUUUUUAUUCAGAAAUUCAGCAUUUUAAUUUUGUACUUUAUGAAAACAUUUGUCAAGAAUGUAAAGACAUUAAACUGUUUUUGCCACAUUUUUUGCUUCAUCGCAAUGGACAUUGUGCCGCUCCUUCUAGUAUGUGCGCCUUGGCCUGGGGGCAGUAUAAUACAGAUAUACUGUACAUGGAGCUCCUCAAUAAGCUGCAGUAAUAUUAGUUAUUCUUCACAGAGGAUAAAGAACACAUGCCUGUGAGUAUUGUUAUAUCACCUGUCUGCAUGUGUUGGUCCUCUUUUGUGUUUAAAUAUCCAUUGCUGAAAAGGUUAACACCGUGACACAAUGCUAUUCGUUUGCCUAUCCAUGAACAUUUGCCUUGUUCGUUAAUAUUAGGCUAAGCGGACUUUAAGGCAAAGCUAUGUGGUUAUUUUAAAUACAGGGAUAAUUCUUUUUUUUCUGCUGAGUUUGAUAUCUGCCAAGCUGCUGAUUCUUGUGAUCUGAGUUGAGUUUACUGCCACCAUACAGUGCUUGUAUCUCAAAUUUUGCUCGAAAGUCAAACCAAGAAAUAGGCUGAAUCAUAGCUCGUCUCACCAAAAACUUGUAUGUCAGGUCAAUCGUAUUUCAAGGCACCAGUGCAAUUAAAUAUAAUUACACUACAAUCAUCAAUCUUUGGAAGUAUGUGAAUGCCUAUUAUAAUGGAUCCCCAUUAUUUACAGGAAAGAGCAUUUGCAUUCAAAUAAAAAUAAAAGGCUCUGGGCAGCUACUUUCUUCCCUUUAGUGCCGCCUCCAUUAAAAAAUACACACACACACACACGAUGUUAGAACGCAGAUGUAGAAUUUGUUGUUGUUUGUUAAUGUUUUGACAUGAAUGAUAUCAAUAUUCCUGCCACAUGCUUUUCUUUGCUUCAUCCUCCGGUCUGCUGCGAUGUCGUGACUAUUUUUUUUUUUUUUGCAUUUUUUUUGCAUUUUCUUUAUCAUUUGUAUAUUUUGUUCAUAUUGCCUUGUGUUAUACUGCAAAGCUGACAAGACUGAUAAGGGUCUGGAAAUGGACUAAGGGUUUUUUGUGUGGGGAGAUGUUUCUACUUUGUAUACAAUUGUGUAUUGUUUGUUCAUAGUAGAGUUAUAUAUAUGAAAAAGAAAUGAUUAUAUUCUAUAACGAGUAUGUAUGUAUACAUUAAAUGUAGUCGGCCCUUUGUAGGGGUGUUACUGAAGGCGCCGUUUGCUGUCUUUGGUUACGGUUUGCUGUUGAAUUGUGCUUUUUAUGGGCUGUCUUUUGGUCAAUGAUGUCACGAUUUUGGACUUGUUCAUUUCCCGUGGCACCGCGUCGGCCUCUCUGCUUCAUGUAGUCAUGCACAUAUUUGUACUUUUCCUAAUUCACCUUGUCUUUUCCUGUCUCUAGAUUUUGAUUGUAGAACAUGCGUUUUAUAUGGCACCUGUUACAUUUUAGUAAUUCAAGAAACCUGAGACCAAUAUUAAAUCUGGAUUAUACAAUUCACAAACCUCA